AUGACUGCUCCCUUGCAAAAUCUCCACAUAGACGUGUGGCGCCCAGCCCGCGUUCGUGGACAGGGCCGCGAGCAGUACUUUCUGCUGGUUGUUGACGACUACUCGCGUUACACCACGGUCUUCCCCUUGCGCAGCAAGUGGAAGGUCCCUGAUGUCUUGAUCCCUUGGAUCCGAGCUGUUCGUUUCCAACUGCGCGAGCGGUUCCGCACAGACCUUCCUAUCCUGCGUCUGCACUCUGACAGAGGUGGUGAGUUCUCCUCCGACCUCUUGAGGAACUUUUGUCAGGGGGAGGGCAUCCUCCAGUCGUUCACGCUUCCGGCCUCCCCGCAGCAGAAUGGGAUUGCUGAGCGUCGCAUUGGCUUAGUCAUGGAGGUCGCUCGUACCUCCAUGAUCCAUGCAGCUGCUCCCCAUUUUCUGUGGCCGUUUGCGGUCCGGUACGUCGCGCAUCAGCUCAACCUCUGGCUCCGUGUCUCCUUGCCGGAGACCUCACCCACACUGCGUUGGACGGGGGAGGUUGGCGAUGCGUCGCGGUUCCGGGUCUGGGGUUCUCGUGCCUUUGUCCGCGAUACCACCGCGGACAAGCUCUCCUCUCGCGCCGUCCCCUACGUCUUCCUUGGCUUUCCCCCUGACGCGCCUGGCUGUGACUCUGGCGCUGCUGGGAGUGGUGCUGUGUCUAGGGGUGCUGAGCCUGAGCGUGCGGAGCCUGGGGGUGCUGAGCCUGCGGGUGCGGAGCCUGGGGGUGCUGAGCCUGGGGGUGCGGAGCCUGGGGGUGCUGAGCCUGGGGGUGCGGAGCCUGGGGGUGCUGCGCCUAGGGGUGCUGAGCCUGCGGGUGCUGAGUUCUGGAGUCGCGCUACUGGAGCUGGAGGUGAUGGAGCUGCAAAUACUGGAGCUGGAGGUGCUGGAGCUGGAGGUGCUGGAGCUGGAGGCACUGGAGCUGGUGGCACUGGAGUUGGAGACGCUGGAGCUGGUGACGCUGGAGCUGGGGGAGCUGGAGCUGGAGACGCUGCGGCUGGAGGUACUGAGCUGGAGGCGCUGGAGCUGGAGCCGCUGGCGCUGGAGGCGCUGGAGCUGGAGGCGCUGGACCUAGAGACGCUGGAGCUAGAGGCGCUAGCACUGGAGGCGUUGGAGGCGCUGGAGCUGGAGGCGCUGGAGCUGGAGGUGCUGGAGUUGCUGACGCUGGAGGCCCUGAAGCUGGAGGACUCACCGCUGCCUGCCCCGCCUCUUUACACUGAGCAGCCAGCCUCCCUUACCGAGCGUCGUGAGCCUGCGUCUCGUCCUGCCUCCCCUGUUCGCACAGCUCGCCGUGCUCGUCGUGUCAUGCGUCCGCGUCCUCCUCCUGUGCCAGGCACUCACACUAUGGCACUUCGUCCUUCCUCUGUCCCACAGCGCGUCCCUCUGCCGUCUCCUCCUGCGUCCUCUCUUCUUGACGUUCUGGACUCUGAGUCUGACUUGGUUCGUGCUACUAGUCCCACUAUCACGCGUCUCCUAGCUACUGUCGUUACUGACCCGUCGUUUGAGUCUACUGUUGCGUCUGCCUUAGUUGCUGAGCUUGUUGACUUUGCUGCUACGUGUAGUUUAGACUACACCACUAGUCUUGUUGCUGAGUCUGAGUCUGUCUGUCCUCCGUCCGUCGGGGGUGAGUGUGCUCUUGGCACGGACGUCCUUGAGGACAAGCAGGAGGACUUUGAGUGUCUUGCGGCUGCUAUACCUUAUCUCGUGGCCUGGCUGCUUGCACCUGAGGGAGACCCGAAUGCACUGGACAUCCCGACCCCGCGCUCUUACACAGAGGCGAUUUCGGGUCCCUACUCCUCUCAGUGGCAGACAGCCAUGGACGCAGAGAUGGCAUCCUGGAAGUCCACAGGCACUUACGUCGAUGAGGUUCCCCCUCCUGGGGCGAACAUAGUCGAUGGCAUUCAGCGGCAGGGAGUUGACUUCUUCCAGACCUUCUCCCCUACCCCAAAGAUGACCACUCUUCGGGUGCUGCUGCACGUUGCCGCUCAGCGUGACUACGAGCUUCACUCUCUUGACUUCAGCACAGCGUUCUUACAGGGCAGCCUGCACGAGGAGAUCUGGCUGCGCCGCCCACCUGGCUUCACUGGGUCGUUCCCUCCUGGUACCCAGUGGAGCCUUCGCCGGCCAGUCUACGGUCUCCGCUAG